AGAUAUAUGUGGUCGUAGCUCUGGUGCUACUAUGGAGAUGUCUUUGUCGUGUAUUAGCAUUGUUCGCAAAAAUAACGUCGGUUGUAUCAUGAAUAUAAUCGAUUAGUGGGAAAAUAUGGAAACGUCGUUUGUUCGUUUUAUGCAUAACAAGAGUCACGAUUUAGCCACUUGAGGCAAGUGACUCACUUGGACGAUGUUAAUUAGCAUGUAAACACGUAAAAUGAAAGGAAUGCUGUAAUUGAUCAUUCACACAUUCAGUGUAAUUAACAACUUGAAGCAGAUAAGUUUGACAUGAAGUAAACGAUGCACGGGUGGAGUAAACUAAAAUUCAUGCUCUCGGCCUUCUGAAGACCCACGUACGUACACAAAGUGACACAAUGAGGAAAGUUCCGAAACACAAGAUGAUAGCCAAGAGCUGUCCCAAGUGCUCCAUGCAGUUACCUAUUGCAUCAAAGACAUGUGCAUGUGGACAUAUAUUUGUUGGAAGGCGAUCAAAUGCUGCACAAGAGGGUGAUGGCACAAGCAUUACCCGUCGCCGUACAGAAAGGGUAAAACGAGAGAAGCCUAAUUACUACGAUGCAUUGGAGUACGACAAGGAGACAAGGAAGCAGCAGCAACGAAAGCGCAGUAUGCGUACUUCUGCUGACCAGUCACAGAGCAAAAGUGAUGAACAGAUUGGUGCAGAUGACGAUGUUGUGCAUCUCAAAAGGAAGCGGAAACGCAACUUCAGAACAGAACAGGAUAGUGAUGAUAGGGACAAUUGUUUACAAAUAAUUUCACCAGAGAAUGGCUUCAAAUGUUCUGUUAUUCUCUCUGAAAUUAACCGAAAAAUGGGUGUAACAUCAUGGAGAGUAUAAUUCCUAGAUUUGCAUUUUGUGAUGUAAUAGGAAUUUAUAUGUUAUAGUAAUCUCGUAGACAGGGGAACGAUUCAGUUUUGCUUCCCUUGUUUCUUAGAUUUCAAACAGUGUUAAAUUGAAACCAGUUUGUGCCCUCCAGUAAUUAUGAACUGUAUGCAGUAACCAUAUUUUGAUUCAAGCAGCAAAUCUGCUUUUCGAUUAAUAAGUCACUGAUGUUCCUUGCAUUUGUUUCUUUCACCCACAUGUGUGAUUCAUUUAAUAACACCAAAAACAUUCAGCUGAAAAGUUUUUGACCAUAGUAACUGAAUGCUGAACUUAAGAAUAAACGUUUGCAGUUGUUCUCUCAUUAUAUUAAAAGUGCUACAACUGAUCAACAUAGUAUUGCCUUUUCUUAUUUGCAAGUAUUUGGAAGCAUAGCUGUGUUAUCAGAGCUUGUAAUGGUGUAGCACUAAACCUUUAUUGGACUUCAUUGUGAAGCACAAACAGCGGUAUCCAUUAGAGAGUAUAUCCAAUUAAAUUGUAUAAACAACUGUAAUAUGAUGAAAUUCAAUUUCCGUGCUAAGCACAGGUGAAGUGUUUACUGCCGUUUGUGACAUUUACUACUGGAUCAUAUAUUGCUACUUACAGAUUUAUAAUUUUCAUUUCUGUGUUGCCUGUGCACUUGUUAACUGACAAAAUUACACGUUUUAUUACUUCAAAGUUGUCAUAUAAAUUGAUGAUUGUGUGUUAAAAUGUUUAUAUCAGAUUUGUUGUACGUCAGUGUCAAUUCGAUGUAUCAGAUUGAAAUUAAUUUUCAUACCAUCAAACAAUUUUUACUGGAAUAGACUAUUGUAAUAAUCAGUUGUGUAUACAUCAUAUCCAUGAAACAGUGUUCAUUGUAAGUUCAGAAGAGUGUAUAGCGAAAAUUCUUUGUGAACAAAUUACAAAUAUUUGCAGAUU